GGAUAAAGCGCAUGCUUUGAAAACAUCUAAACCCAACAAGAAGUCUAAAAAGACCAAAGAAUCAAAAUCAUCAAACUCCCAAGCUAGUAAGCCAGGAGCAGCCGCCAACGCCCAGUCUAAAAACAAUUCCCCAAUAGUAGAAGGUCCUCCGCUCUAUCACACCAUCAAUGGCUACGUGGUGGAUUUGCGGAUUGCAGCUCUGCAGGAAACGUUCCGCCUCCCGAAUGGAAAGCUUAUUCAAGUUCGGAGACAACCGAAAAAAGGUUCUGAAACGGACCAAGAAGCUUCAACUAAACUUCCAACACAGCAACCAUCGCAGCCUAAGUCUCCAGUAGUGUCGAAUGCAAGUCCCAUAGUACAGCCGCCUCGAUCAAAACCAGUACAAUCGAAGGAACCAGUUGUUAAUGGGUUGCCUGAUUCAAGCACAUCAGUUCCACGGCCCGCACAAGGCACUCCAAAUAAUUUACCAACUCCACCGACCAGCGCACACAACACGAAAGCAUCAAAAACCUACAUCAAUCGACGAUCAGGUAAUCCACCGGUGCGGACAACAGCUCCAUCGUUUCGCAUCGCCGAAACUAGAGGACCAGUCGUAUACCCUCCAUCGCUGUCUUCUCUGCAAUCCCUGAUGCAUAAGGUACAUGCGAACACUCCAUUCGGCAAUCAGUUGAAGGAUUUCGAAGAUCGCAUGAUCACCAUCGCCGAAAUCUCGUUGCACGUCGUAUGCAAACUCAACAAUUUGCUAAAUUCGAAUCCAUACAAAAAUGCAGCCGAGUCGAGGGACAUCAAGUAUCUUUAUCACACCAUUGGUUACCUUCUCGAGUACGCCGUGGGUCGAUUCAACGACAUGGAGCAAACCUGUGUAACGGACAUUAUAAACAUGGGAUUUACCAGUAAAUGUGAUCUAGGUCCACUUCAGAACAAGCAGGCCGAACAACCAUCUACAGACAAUCCGCCUACUGAAAAGACGCCUUCUGAGCAGCAGCCUACGCCUACUGAAGAGCAGCAACCCACUAGUUCAAACGACAACCCGCCUACUAGUACGGAAAAAGACAAAACACCUACCAAUUCUGACGAGGAACAGCCGUUACCAACGAAGAAAGUAAAUGAGGAAAAGACUUCAGAACAACCACAAUCGGAAGUCUCGGAAGCAGAUGAACCGGAUGACGAAGAUGACGAUUGUGCGAUCAUCGAGCCACGAACCGAUAUCAUUGAAGUGUAUUCGGACGACGAGAGCGACGAACCCAACGAUGACGGUAAAAGUGGAGCUCAAACGGCUGAACCAGCGUCCAUUUCCAUCAAUCCGAGGCAACUGCGGAUAUGCUCCGAUACGGAAAGUGUCGAUCGAGGUGACGAAAGUACAAGCGAUUCGGACAAAUCAUCGGAAAAGACGGCGCCUCCAAAAAAGCAGUCGAGUGACAGCAAAGACAAGCAGACGAAUGCCAAGGAACGACCAGAAUCGGGAAGCAAAGAAGUGCAGGCGACAGUGGAAGAAACGACGGAGAUCGAGGUGGUAAUGAAUGAAGUGGAGGAGACCACGAUCGUGCAUGAUUACUAUUAUGAAGCGUACACGGAUGACGACGAUGAUGACGGGGAUGUAGUGCAAGUGCAACAGGAUGUUGUCGAGACAAUGGAAGUAGAUGACGAUGACGACGAAAACGAUUCGAGUUCGCGGGAACGGCAAGACGGCGAAGAGGAGGAGACGGAAGAACUGAUAGAAAUCAUUGAGGGAGAUGUUGACCUAGAUCUGGAGGAAGGACAGGAGUAUAAGGUGAUUGAAGUCGUCGAGGGUGACUUCGAUAAUUGGUAAGACGAUUUUGUACAAAGCUAGUGUUUAAGUGCGUUAGAUUCUUAGGAUGAAAAAUUAUUGAAUAUAAGUAUAAAUGAA